GGCCAGCAAAGGCAUCGCUGUCCUCCGAGCGGUUGCGCGGCUCCCACGCUCUCCUGUUAGAACAAGACAUAGCAGCAGCAAACAUGGACAUUACCAUCCAGCACCCCUGGUUCAAACGCGCCCUGGGACCCCUGAUUCCAAGCCGUUUGUUCGACCAGUUUUUUGGAGAGGGUCUCCUGGAGUACGAUCUCCUGCCUUUGUUCUCCUCCACUAUCAGCCCCUACUACCGGCAGUCCCUCUUCCGCAGCGUGCUGGAGUCGGGCAUUUCAGAGGUGAGGUCUGACCGGGACAAGUUUACAAUCAUGCUGGAUGUAAAACACUUCUCGCCUGAAGAUCUGAGCGUGAAGAUUAUUGAUGACUUUGUGGAAAUCCAUGGCAAACACAGUGAAAGACAGGAUGACCACGGCUACAUCUCUCGUGAGUUCCACCGCCGGUACCGCCUGCCCGCUAACGUGGACCAAUCCGCCAUCACCUGUUCCCUGUCCAGCGACGGCAUGCUGACCUUCUCGGGCCCAAAGGUCCCCUCCAAUAUGGACCCCAGCCACAGCGAGAGGCCCAUCCCCGUGUCCCGGGAGGAAAAGCCCACCUCUGCACCUUCCUCCUAAACCCUCUGCGGUACGCAGGCUGCCACCGGCUGCAGGUCUCACUCCUAGAGCCAUUGCAUAGAUAUCAGUGAAUACCUAGAGGGGUUUGUUUUGUUUUUGUUUUUGUUUCUUUUCUUUUUUCUCCCCCAUAUGUUUCUUUUCUCCCGUUGUAUGGAAUGAGGUGCUGGGUGAACGGCUGGUGGACUUUGAGGCUUAAACCUGCAAUUCAUGCUGUCAGGAUGGCAUGGAUUUCACGUGCUGCCAUGCCAUUGCGGUUGCCGAAAGGGUCUUCCUCUGGUGCAGUAGUUCACAACCACCACCAGGCAGGAAGGAGUGCACGAGUAACACCAUCUCCUGGUGCACAAAUGCUUGUAGUGGGACUUGGAGUGGGGUAGAAGCCCCAGAGACUUUUUCUAUCCCACACAGUUAACUGGUUACUCCAAAAAACGCAACUUGGCCAAGCCAAGCCCCACACUGGGAUACUGCGUAUGUGUGAUAAAUGUACCACAGGUUCCUUGCAACCAUAGGACAGAUAAUAACGUGUUACGUUUGAGGGUCACAGCAUAUAUUUUUUCUCAGCAAAGUGUUUCAGUGUGUCUGUUCACACCACCAGCCUGUCACUUCCUUAGGGACAUCUGACACAAGGACAAGUGCGUCUUUCCAAUGUCUUAGCAGUGGGGAGAGAGGGGGCUCACCGCUCUGCAGAGGCUUCAGACCGCACCGAACUCUCCCCAGCCUGUGCAUAUCACACCCUUGCUCCUGCCCUCGCUGUAAUUCUAGUGUAGCUCCAUCUGACCCACUGGUAUCUGGCACUCAACCCGAGAACUCAGUCCCUGGCAGUCAAUAAAGAGAUAUA